GGCGCCGGCGUAUCGACCCUACUAAUGGUUGUGUACCAGCUGUGGCACAUGGCGGGAGUUAUCACAUCAGGAAUCAGAUCACCCAGACUUCCAGUGUCUACUGACUACUGCCCUGGAAACCACAGCAUGUUUUUAUUUCAAAACGUUACUUUGGCUGCACCAAACUUACAUUACGAUUUUGCUACUGUCGAAUCUUGGAAAGCUGUGCGAAAUUGCAAAGCUCAGAUGACUGAGAAAGUAAUAAAGUUGCUAUUUUUUCAAUCUCUGUGCAGAACACAGGAACCUUUCUUCAUGUUUCGCCUGUCGUUCUUCUGGAGCAGCUUCUUUGCUUUCAUCGGAACUAUUGUGCUCGCAGUAAUCAUUAGCGCUGUCACAGGCGAAACGAAUUGCAGGAAGGAUGAAACAUUGUGCAAUUCUGCGCUUGUUCGGCUGUGGCAAAAGAUGAGGGGCCUCGCUUCUGAUAAAAAACUUCACGUUGCGAAAGGCAGCUGUGAGGCCAAAUAUAUAGUGGAAGUAGAAAAGGCCACCCUCAUGGGGUGCGACUAUACCACGCGCAAGGACAAGUACUGGGCUCCGGAUGACCAAGAUGCUACAACUCUUGCUGUGGCAUAA